AUGCGCACCGCCGGUGCUCAAAGCUCGAAGCGACGUGGUCCGUGCGAGUUGACACUUCGCAGCCUCGACGACGACGGCGCGCGCUCACUCGUAGCUGAUUCGACCGCUAUCCCUCCGAGCCCGUACUGCACCAUGGGCCCCCAGCGUUAUUUUGAUCAAGGUGGAGACGAUAUAUCUCGACUGCACCACGAUGGUGGACCUCACCGAGGCGGUGACCGAGGUCGCGGCGGCGGCGGAGGACGAGGCGCCAGGGAAAGUCGGGGAAGUCGAGGUCGCGGAGGGGCUUCGUCCGGCUCGAGUUGUGGCGGAGCAAGAGGCGACGGAGCACAUCAUGAGGCUCGACCCAAAAAAGAACCGUUCCAACCCAAGCAAGGCUUCAUUGCGGCUGGACUGAAGACAUAGUGAGUGCUCGUACCAGGUCGAUUCCAGACCUUCGCUCGAGCUUCCGCUGUGCGAUCCGACUCCACGAUAUCAUGGUAGCAUCUACGCGCCGAACAAUGCCGUGAGCGAACGAAGAUGGCUGAUGAGAUAUGACCUAUGAUCAACAGUGCUGAUGCGGCUGAAACAACACCGGACAAUGACGAGCAAAACUCGGAGCAAAAGGCCAAGAUCUCCGAAGGCUGGAAGGACAAGACGACUACACAGACCACUUUGUACCUCACCAAUCUACCCCCGACACUCAGUUCGCCAGAGUUGUCGCUCAUCUUCUCGUCGUACGCACCGCUGCGAUCGGCUUUCGUGGUUUCGGCGGCGACGAAGAACGCUUCGGGACCUGGUGGGGCCGGCCCUUCGUCGGCCAAUGCCAUCUCAACCGGCGCAGGCAGGGAUCGCACAGGCAAAGCCACGUCGCGUGGAUUCGGAUACGUGCGAUUCGUCCUGCGCACCGAUGCCGACAAGUGUCUCGAGGAGUGGGGCAGCAAAUCGGGGAUGCCCCGCAGCGCAUGCUCUGAGCUCGAGAGCGCCGAGGGGCUCGAAAAGGUCGACUGGGACAAGCUUUGUGGGCGUGAGGGCAUGAAGAUGAGCUGGGCCAAAAAGAAGCUCAAGGAAGGAGAAGAACCCGAGGGACCCAAGGCGAAGAAGGAGAAGAAGGAGAAGGUCGCCAAGCUGGCAGCUACUGAUGAUGCCGAGAAGUCCGAAGAGCAAGAAGCCGAACUCGAGCAAGCCCCGAGAUGGCGACCAGGAGUGUUCGAUCACGCCGCCUCGCGAUCGGUUGUCGUCCAAGGCAUACCGACAGAAGUGGACCUCGAAAAGCUACGAGCUGCCAAAGCCAAGAAGGCCAGCGAGACGGAUGUCGACGUGGAAGCCGAUGCCGGUGCGGAUCAAGAUGGAGACGACAACGACGAAGCCACCACCAAAGUCGAUGACGCAGAAGCAGCUGACGAGGACGGCGACAACGCUGAGGAGUCGGGGAAAGCAGUCGACUGGAAGAAGGCGCUCAAGCAAAAGGCUAAGAAGAGUGGCGAUGUCGAAGAUGUGAAGUGGCCCGUUGUUCUGCCAUCUGGCGAUACCGCUGGUGAGUACGCUAGAGGUGAUGAGAUCAUUUUCCGCAAGGCUAACGUCAACUUCUCGUAUGCAGCAAUCAUUGUCAUGUACUCGCCUCGACAUGCUCACGAUGUGAUGAAGAAGCUUCACAACCAUGUCUUCCGAGGUCUCGUCGUGACCGCUGCCGUUAAGAGUUCUUGGGAUUUGUGCCAACGUCAAGGUCGUGCCAAAGGUGGAGGACGUCUUGUGGUGCGCAACUUGGGCUUCGACAUCACCUUGGCCGACAUUCGGGCGGCUUUUGCUCGAUUUGGCUCGCUCCAUUCGAUCACCCUUCCCGAGGGCCCCAAGACGGGCAAACCGCGUGGUUUCGCGUUCGUGUACUACGUCACCAAAUCGUGCGCCGAAGCAGCGCUCAAGGCGAUGAACGGCACCCGCGUCUACGCUGGUAUUGCCACGGAUCGUAUCGCCGAGGAAGGAGGCAAGCUCGGCAAAAAGAAGGAGGUUCGUGAGAAGAAGAAGGCCGCGCUUAAGGAGAGUCGUGGAGGUGGAGGUGAGAAGGGACGUCUUGUUGCCGUUGAUUGGGCCCUGAGCAAGGAUGACUGGAAGAAGGCACAGGAGGCCGAAGUUGAUGAAGCGGAACCUGGCUCCGACGAGGAUUCUGAAGAGGACAGCGACUCUGACGACGACGACGACGACGACAGUCAGGAGGAGGACGACGAUGAAAGUGAUCUUUCGCCCGUCGAAGAGGACGAGUCCGACGAUGAAGACGAGGGUGAAGAACUCGAACUUUCUGACGGCGACUCGGACAUGGACGAGGAGCUGCAGUCAACCGAGCCUGAAAAGGGGACGACGCUCUUUGUCAGGAACAUGUCCUUCGAAGCGACCGAGCCAGAGCUGUACGAUCUCUGCAAGGAGUUUGGCCCCGUCCGGUAUGCUCGCAUUGUUUAUGAUCCGACUACGAAACGAUCGCGUGGAACAGCCUUCGUGUGCUUCUGGAAGGGGGAAGAUGCGCAAAAGAUGCUCGAAGCCUCGGAAAGUCUCAAUGCUGGCCUCUUCGUUGGCGAAACAUCCAACAAGCGCAACAAGGGGGCUUCGCAAUCGCUGUUGAUGGCGGAUCCCGGAACGUCAGAGGCCUCCAAGCUGACGCUGCAUGGGCGUGUACUCGCUGCCGUGGCGGCCGUCUCGAAGGACGAUGCUGACAAGCUUCGUGAGGAUCGUGAUAAGAAGGGUGGUGCAAAGUCCGAUCGUCGCAACCUGUACCUGAUGCGCGAAGGUGGUGAGUGACUAGAUCCUGAUCAGUGCCCGGGUACAUCAGAGCUCAUGUUUUCCGUUUUGUUCGGACUUCGCAGUCAUUUUUCCAUCGUGGGCGAUCGCGCAGACUCUGCAUCCUUCCGACAUGGCGGCUCGUCAAUCGUCCUUCGACGCUCGUAAAGGCCUACUACGUUCCAAUCCUUCGCUCUACAUCUCCCGCACUCGACUCUCGGUCCGUCAGGUCCCUCUCUACGUCACCGACGGCAUGAUGAAGCGACUGGCGAACUUCGCCAUUCGCGAGUUCGACAAGGAGGUCAAGGCCGGCUUGCAAAAGCCUCUGACAGCGGACGAGCUGGACGACAGCGUUGUCGAUGCUUCGGGAUCGUUGCCAGCACCGAGCAAGGUUGAGCGCUUCAAGGGUGUUCCUCCGAGUCGCGUGCGACAGGCCAAGAUCUUGCGUCAAUCGGACCGUGUCGAUCCGUUGACCGGGUUGGGUCGUAGCAAGGGUUACGGUUUCCUGGAAAUGGGCUCUCACGCCGAUGCGCUACGCGUCCUUCGAUGGGCCAAUGCCAACAAGGAUGUCGGGGGUUUGCUUCGCAAGUGGUGGCGCGACGCUUUGGAAGCCAUGAUCGAGAAGGUGCAAAGUUGCGAAGGAAGUGUGGGCAAGGGUGCUGCGCUCAAAGAGAAGGAAGAACGACUCAAGCGAUUGAGGGAGAAGAUGAGUGAGCUUGUGGAAGAGGAGGAGUUGGCGGCUGGGAAAGCGGCGAGGAGGGAAGCGGCGGGUAAGACGACGGGUGAAGGGGGCCGAAGUACGAGGUGCCUUAUUGUCGAGUUCUCGAUCGAGAACGCCGUCACUGUCAGUAUUUGCCACCUGUUCUCCACCAGAUUCUGAAACUGACAUCUUGAAUGUCUUGGCCCAGACCAAACGACGUGCCGAGAAGGUCGCUCGUGCCCGAGAGCGCGCAAAGCGCAGCAAGGAUCGAGACGGCUCCGACGAUGACGGAGAAGACGACUCGAGGGAUUGUGGCAAGUCUUCGCCCAAGAAGAGGAGACGCCAAGAAGAUGGUGACGACUCUAAGCCGGCUAAGAAGGGCAAGAAGCCUGCGGAGGAAGCUGAGGGCGAGCCGGAGGCCAAGGAGGGUCGCACAGGUCUGAGCAUAGGGGCCAUCAUUGGCAAGAAGCGCCGCCAAAAGAAGUAG